AUGACUUUCGACGAGAAUGGUGGAAAGACGAGAUCCUGCACUUCGGCGUUCACGGCGACAGGAGCGCUGGCGGCGUCAGCGUGCGUCGGCGCCGAGCGGCUGAAGUUGGCUUCCUGCCUGUUGAGAUGCGCCGGGAGGAAGCACUGUGAGCACGAGUUCAUGCUGAUGAAACUGAUCUGCUCAGUGAGCUCAAACCAGAGCCAUGGGGAGUACCCGGACUGCAGGAACGAGCGAGAGUCUGGGGGCGAGGCGUCUCUCCUGGUGUCCCCGCUGGUGGUGGCGGGCAUCGUCAUAGGCCUGGUGCUCUUCCUCUCCUGCGUCACCAUCAUCGUGGGCAGCCUGCGCAAAGACAGCCGGCUGAGGAACCCUCACCUGAGGGCCAGCUACGGUCCAGACGGAUACUCCUUCGGCGGUUCUGUCGGAGAACUGAGGUCCACCUGCUUAGAAGACUUUCCAGCAGCCGGUGUGGACUUGGACUCUCACAGUCUGUCGCAAGUCAACCACCUGUACCCCGACUCUCCGCCACGUUACGACGAAUGCGUCGGCCCGGGUUGCACUCACGUCUACAUACCCGCAGAUGACCCCCCACCGUACUCGCUAUGGGACCCUCGCCGGGACGACUCCGAGGAAGGUCCCAGCUCGGCCGGCGCCGCCUCACGGCCCUCGGAGCGUCGAGGCGUCGCGUCCAUCUCCUUCCCGUUGGAGGCGGCGCCGCCGUACGAGGCGGCGGUGGCCGAGCAGGGGCGGCCCCUCCCCCUCGCACCAUCUGGCCUUUCCAAGCACCAAUCGGAGAGGGACGUCGACGGUAACGGGCGACACUCGGGGAUCGGCCAGAUCGCAUAGGACGACUCUUUUGGACCUUUGACCGGCGCUGUCCUCUGCCAAGACUCGAGUUUAAACACCAAUUGCAGAGGUUUUACAGACUUGCCACAUUUUUAGUGGA